GUUGAGGACUGAUGACGAAACAUGCCAAGAGAAAUUUGAAUACGUUUUUAAAGUAAUGUACCGAUUAUCUGACGUUGAAAAGAAACUGGAACGACUUCUUCCAUCAAAGGAAUCUUUUAAUCGGCAAGGUGACAUGUUUACGAGAUGGGAAAGGUCUUCUUGUCCUAAUGGAACAACAUUGAUCUACGAAGGUUUUGCUGGGGGUUCACACUUUGAAAGUGUUGGCGGAGCAGCUAACUAUUUGUGCCUACAUAAACAGCCAACAUGGAACGACAAAACUGUGACAAAAUCACAAACAAAUCUUAUUUACGGGGCCGAAUAUGAAACUGUGGCUCCCUGGCGUAGCAUUUUCGAUCAUGAUGUUCCAUGUGCCGUAUGUCAAGUUCCUAGCAGCAGCAUUUACAUGGUUCCUGGAAGAAAUAUUUGUGAUGAAAAUUCUACGUUGCAAUACAGCGGGUAUUUAAUGUCAGGUGGUGCUCACCACAAAUCACCAACAGAAUUUGUCUGCGUUGAUGAUGAGCCAAAAGCAUUUCCUGGUACAGGUGCAAACCAUAAUGGCAGAUUGUUUUAUUUUGUUUAUGCGAAGUGUGGAGCGCUAAAAUGUCCACCGUAUGAGGAGGGUAAGAAAGUCACAUGUGCCGUUUGCUCCGUUUGAAUUUGUCAAGGUAUCACUAUUUGAUUUCACAAGUUGUUUUUUUAUUAUCUUUCUGAAAUACAUUUUUUAACCUGCUCAUUUCUGUACUUCAUUACUCUUCAUAAACUUCAAUAUCUUAUUAAAAGUAACAAACAAAAAAAA